GUCUUUAACAGAAUGGCAUUCAAGGCAUGUAUAUCGGUCAUUGCAAAAGUUUUCUAUUUCCCAACCAUAAAAGAUUGAUCAUACAUAUUUCUAACAAUUCAAAUGUACUGCAGGUAUUAGCACUGGCCACUCUUGUGGUAGCCAUCGUCGCCCUUCCUGAUAGCCCGCCUAGAUAUGGCUACUCUGCUCCGACACCCUCUUAUGCACCUGCAAAGUACGACUUCAACUACGCCGUCAACGACCAGCCAUCAGGCAACGACUUCGGACAUGAGGAAGCCCGUGAUGGAGACAACACACAGGGAUCCUACUACGUCCUUCUUCCCGACGGUCGUCUGCAGAGGGUCACCUACAAUGUGAACGGAGAUUCCGGUUACGUGGCUGAUGUCACCUACGAGGGAGAAGCUCGGUACCCCAGCCCAAAGGCCUCCUAUGGUCCUCCUCAGCCUUCGUACAAACCACCUACACCUUCCUAUGCUUAAGGAACGGUACCAAGAAUAUUUAUUGAACUCAUGUCUUUGUAAAGACUAGAUAUUAAACCA